AUCUUCUUGAUUGAGACAAAUAGAGGCUCAUUUCGGAGCACGUUCUUGUUUUCUUCAUUCCCUGAUUUUCUCUUGUUAUACUUCCAGUUUAUUGAUAGACCUGUUAACUUUACCACUGUACCAUCGUUAAAAAUGGCCACUCGCGCCGCGAACAAGAGACUCGCUCGAGAAUACAAAGCGAUUCAAGAAAACCCUCCUCCGUAUAUCGUUGCGCAUCCAUCUGAUGACAAUAUCCUAGAAUGGCACUAUAUUCUGACAGGGCCUCCAAAUACUCCCUAUGAAGGAGGACAAUACUGGGGCACAUUAAUGUUUCCCCCCGACUACCCGUUCGCCCCGCCGGCGAUUCGAAUGCACACACCCUCUGGCCGCUUCCAGCCCUCGACUCGACUUUGCCUUUCGAUCAGUGACUUCCACCCAAAGUCGUUUAACCCGGCCUGGGAAGUGUCCACCAUCUUGAUCGGUCUCAUGUCUUUCAUGACGAGCGAGGAAAUGACAACCGGAAGUGUCAGUGCCAGCGAACAGGAACGGAAAUGGUUCGCCUCGAGGACUCGAUGGUGGAACUCGACGGGUGGCGGGUCAACUACAAGAGUUAUUCCCGGAAUCAGCAGCGCAAACAACAACCGCGGUGGUGCGGGUGCGAUUAGAGCUGGCGACGGUGGCGCGAAGUUCCGAACAGAAUGGCCAGAGUUGGACGAAGAAAACUGGAAGUGGAUGAAGACCAACCGUAUCGACCCGUCGACCGGACUCGUUGUCCCUGAGCAAGGACCAAACGCAGCCCCAUGCUCACCCGAAGCUGCAGCUCUCAGGAGGCGACCUGCAGGCACGAAUCCCCGACUCGGAACCGUCGUCGAGGGCCAUCAGGCAGCGGCGCGCAAUGUGGGCGGGAGCUGGCUCCGAAGGAACAAGGUGGCUAUUGGUGCUCUGGUCAUAUUCGGCUAUGUCCUGCUUGCACGGCUUCUCGGCGAAGGCACUUCAUCUCUGUGA